AAACAAAAACAAACAGAAAAAUAAAACUAACCUCAAACAAACUCGUCUUGAACUUUCGAUGGAUGAAAAACUAUAAAAUGCUUGGGUAAAAUACUAAAAAUAAUGUAAAGUUCAUUGAAUGAUCACAUGGAAAUAACUCAAGCUAGAAAAUGAAGAAAGAAAGAACUGGGGAUAACUGCAGACCAUUCAAAUUAGCUCACCAGAUAGUCAGUUUGACUGGCAUCAGUUUCGAAAGGAAGAGCAUAAUAGGCUUUGUAGAGCUGACUGUUGUUCCACUAAGAGACAACUUGCGUAUGGUGAAACUGAAUGCCAAACAGUGCCGAAUAUAUAGAGUCAGCUUGAAUGAUCAUUAUGAAGCUCAUUUCCAAUACUUUGAUCCUUUUUUAGAUGUUUGCCAGUCAGAUACAGACACGAGAAGUCUUGAUGCAUUUUCCAGCCAUCACCUUGCAGCUGCUUUGAAAGUAGACCCUGACAACAGUUCUGGAGAGUUAGUUGUAACUAUUCCCCCAGAGGCUGCCCAUUUAGUUGCUGAAGGAACUGCUCUAAGAGUUGGAAUAGAAUUCUCAUUGGAGCAGUCUGAAGGGGGAAUACAUUUUGUUGUUCCACCAAAAGAAGGAUCUUAUGCUGAGAGAGGAGUCCACCUCUUCACCUAUGGCCACCAGAACUCCUCGAGGCUGUGGUUUCCGUGCGUGGACAGCUUCGCGGAGACGUGCACCUGGAAGUUGGAGUUCACCGUGGAAGACGAACUCACCGCCAUCUCGAACGGCGACCUCAACGAGGUCGUGUAUACUCCGGACAUGCGCAGAAAGACCUUCCACUAUUCCCUUAACGUGCCCACCUGCGCGCCGAACAUCUCGCUCGCGGUGGGGCCCUUCGAGAUCUUCGUGGAUCCCUACAUGCACGAAGUGACGCACUUCUGCCUGCCGAGUUUGCUCCCGCUGCUUAAGGUCACUACAAGGUACAUGCACGAAGCCUUCGAGUUUUACGAAGAAACCCUCUCGAACAGAUACCCGUACUCGUGCUACAAACAAGUAUUCGUCGACGAAACUCACGAAGACUACCGCUCCUACGCCACCAUGAGCAUCCUGAGCGUCAACCUCCUCCACUCGGCCGUCAUCAUCGAUCAGGUGUACAUCACGCGGAAGGCCAUGGCUCAGGCGAUCGCCGAACAGUUUUUCGGCUGCUUCAUCUCGAUGCAGAACUGGUCGGACGUGUGGUUGAACAAGGGGAUCAGCCAGUACUUGUGCGGAUUGUACUGCAAGAAGUCGUUCGGUAAUAACGAGUACAGGGAGUUGAUCCAGAGUACGCUGCAGGACGUCGUCAAGUAUGAGGAGGAGUUUGGAGGAAUUGUGCUAGAUCCAAGCCAACCCCCAGCCCCGCUACCAGUUGGCGGCAACGCGCCGCAACCCAACCAGAAGCACUGCGAGGAGAAGUUCUACUUCCCCACCAGGAACCUGCACACCAUGUCGCCGAUGUACAUCGACACGCUGCUAAAGAAGGCGCUGCUCGUGAUGCGGAUGCUCGAGCACCGCAUCGGCCAAGAGCUGCUCUUGCAGGUGUUCAACAAGCAGCUGUCGCUGGCCACCAACGCUGCCCAACAGAAAAUCGGCAGCGGCCUGUGGGGCCACAUGCUCAUCAGCACGAACGUGUUCACGAAGGCGAUCUUCACUGUGACCGGCAAAGACAUGGCGGUGUUUAUAGAUCAGUGGGUGCGGACAGGUGGACACGCCAAAUUUCAUUUGACGUCGGUGUUCAAUAGGAAAAGAAAUACUAUUGAACUCGAAAUACGACAAGAUGCUACGACAUCGCUCGGUAUCAGAAAGUACGUCGGUCCCCUUCUGGUCACCCUUCAGGAACUGGACGGCACAUUCAAACACAACUUGCAGAUAGAAAACACCGUUGUGAAGGCCGACAUAACCUGCCAUUCGAAAAGCAGGAGGAACAAGAAGAAGAAAAUUCCCCUGUGCACGGGAGAAGAAGUGGAUAUGGAUUUGACAUCGAUGGAUGACUCCCCCGUUCUGUGGAUGAGACUCGACCCGGAAAUGACUCUUUUACGUUCUGUGGUAAUUGAACAGCCCGAUUACCAAUGGCAGUACCAGCUGAGGCACGAAAGAGACGUGACAGCUCAGAUGGAGGCCAUCGUCGCUCUGGAGAGGUAUCCCACGCCACAGACUAGGCUGGCGCUCACUGAUACCAUCGAGAAUGAGCAGUGCUACUACAAGGUCAGGUGUAGAGCUGCACACUGUCUCACAAAGGUGGCCAACGCCAUGGUGUCCAAUUGGGCAGGCCCGCCCGCGAUGCUCGCCAUCUUCCGGAAGUUCUUCGGCUCGUUCGCCGCCCCGCACAUCAUCCGACAGAACAACUUCCAGAACUUCCAGCACUACUAUCUGCAGAAGAACAUACCGCUGGCCAUGGCGGGGCUGCGCAACACGCACGGCAUCUGUCCGCCCGAGGUCAUCCGGUUCCUCUUGGACCUGUUCAAGUACAACGACAACUCGAAGAACCGGCAUUCCGAUAACUAUUACAGAGCCUCCCUAGUCGAAGCCCUAGGGCAAACCAUAACUCCAGUGGUCUCCGUAGUUGCCCAAGGCACGCCGAUCACCGCGGAGAGUCUCAGCGCCGACACGAAGCUGAUCUUGGAGGAGAUCACGCGGCUGCUGAACCUGGAGAAGGCGCUGCCCUGCUACAAGUACACCGUGUCGGUGGCGUGCCUGGACGCCAUCAGGAAGCUGCAGAAGUUCGGACAUCUGCCCAGCCGGCCGACCUUGUUCAAGAGUUAUGCCGUGUACGGGCAUUUCAUUGAUGUGAGGCUAGCAGCUUUGGAGUGUCUCGUGGACUUCGUCAAGGUCGAUGGUAAAUGGGACGAUCUCCAGUACGUUCUGGACAUUUUAGAGAACGAUCCUGAUCCAGGCCUGAAGCACAAGCUGGCAAACUUGUUGAUAAAACAUCCACCUUUCAAGAGGGCUCAUCGAGGAAAGCUCGACAUCCCAGAGUUAGUGGAGAGGCUCUGGACGAACAUAAAUUGCAUGCUGUCGCACGACAGCCGGCUACGCUGCGACCUCGUCGACCUCUACUACACCCUCUACGGCACCAAGCGGCCCGUCUGCAUCCCCCUGCUGGAGCUGGCCGGCAUUAUCGACCUCGGCAAGUACGAGCCGGCGGCCAAGCGGCCCAAACUGGCCACCAUCCCCAAGCGGGCAGCCAGUCCGCCCGCUCCCGUCAAAGAGGUGCCCCAGCAGGUCGUCAUGGAGACGGUGGAGUACGUGGAUUUGGAGGUGGUGGCCGGGGAGGAGAAGGUCGAAAAGGAAGAGGAAGUCAUGGACAUCAAGGUGGAAUCCCCUGUGCUACAAAAACAAGACUACUUCUCGGACAAUUCCGUUUCUCUGCCUGGUAUGGGUCAAAGCGGCCCUGUGGGCUUCGAGCCGGGCAUGUUCAAGAAGGACGGCGAGAAACACAAGACCGACUCCUCCGGCAAGAUAAAGAAGAAGAAGAAGGACAAGAAGAAGCACAAACACAAGCACAAACACAAACACGAGCACAAGCACGGGAAGGAUAAGGAGAAGAAGGAAAAGGAUCCGAAUAAGUUGAGGCUGAAGGAGGAAACUUUGAGCUCGAUGAGUUCCACUCCGAGUCCUAAUGGCAUGUCGUUGGGAAGCACUGAAACUAUUUGAGGAUGCUGACUUUGUAUUCACGUAUGUAGAUGAUAGGUGUACAAAUUUUAAAUUCCACUGUUUUGUAUAUGUUGUAAUAAAUAAUGAUUAUAAACG